GAUCAGACUUUGCUGCCGCACACACGUUUCGAGGCGAUAUAGCCUUGCUUUAACAAGCUGUGCGCGCUCCCGCGGCUGAAAUCACUUUCUGGCAGCUGAUCACUUUUUGACACAACACCGGGUCUCGGUAUUCACGAACGUUACGCACUAUCUGCGCGGUUCAAACGCAAAUCACUAAUCGCUCCUACUCGGUGUACACACUAAUGAGGGAGAAUGGAGUCGUUACAGUCAGCAUCUGGUCAUUACACAUUGUUAUGACGAAAAACAGGUAAUGAGCGUAACAAUAUUUUAACAAGCGAUGGAGGGAAUACUACAUAAAUGGACCAAUUACAUAAGUGGUUGGCAGCCUCGGUGGUUUGUUCUGGAUGGAGGGACGCUGUCUUACUAUGAUUCUCAAGAAGACGCUUGGAAAGGAUGUAAAGGCAGCAUUAAGAUUUCAGUGUGUGAAAUCCUAGUCCAUUCCACAGACAUUACCCGCGUUGAUCUCACAAUACCUGGAGAGCAGUACUUUUACCUUCGAGCCAUCAAUGCAGCGGAGAGGCAGAAGUGGUUGGUGGCUCUGGGAACAGCAAAGGCCUGUCUCACAGACAACCGGACAAGGAGAGAGAAAGAGCUUCAAGAAAACACAGAGGCAAUAAAAACCAAGAUGUCAGAACUUAGAUUGUACUGUGACCUCCUCCUCAAACAAGUGAACAAGAUCAAGGACAGCGAGGAGCGUGGAGACUCGGCAGAAGCAGGUGAGGAUACUGGAAUCAUGGUUAAAUCCACAUGCACCACAUUCCUCAAAACUCUUGAGGAGUGCAUGCAGAUAGCCAACCACACAUUCUCGUCAGACAUGGUGUCACAGAGUCCACCUGGCUCUCCCCCAGUAGCUGCCAUCAAACCUCAGAAGAUCAAACCGCUCUGUCACCUGAAACUGAAUCUGGGAGAAAAAUUGAGAGAGUCAGAGGAAGCACAUGAAAACCAGAGCCAGGACUCGGGGCGAGAGGGAGCAGAGGAACCUGAAAAACCAGACAUACCCUCCCACAGAGACCAAGCACCCUCAACAGCUCUUGAGGAGGACGAUGGGCCUCCAGCCCCUUAUACUGCUGGACCUGUGACUCAACUGGAGGGAGAGGGGAGCAAUCCUGAACAAGAACAAAAGCACAACAUGGACCAAAUCAAAGAGGAUGGAGAGGAUGAGGUGAGCCGAAACCAGAGGGAGAUGGUCUCUGCCCUGGACCAAAUCCUACCUCCUCAGGAUCCUCUGCUGGAGGAGGAGGGCGUAGAUACAUUCUUCAGCACAAUGAGUCACAGAUUUAGCGAUAUAAGACUGGAAGACGACAGGGGUAUCCCCACCCAAGACUUUUUGGACUCAUGCUAUGCAAUAGUGCCUGUCUUAGACAAGCUGGGAUCCACCGUGUUCGCUCCAGUUAAAAUGGAUUUUGUUGGAAACAUCAAGAAAAUUAACCAGAAGUGGUUGUCAGACCCCAACAGCUUCCCGACCCUCCAGUCCAUCGUGCUGCACGAGCUGCAGACCGCUACAGCACAGGUGCGCAACUCGGCCACCGAGGCGCUGCUGUGGCUCCGACGAGGCCUCCGCUUCCUUAAGGAGUUCCUGUCUGAGGUCCACUCUGGGGAGCAGGACAUCCAUGGGGCCCUCAACAACGCCUAUGGAAGGACGCUUCGCCAGUACCACGGCUGGGUCGUACGAGGCGUGUUCGCUUUGGCCCUGAGAGCCUCCCCGUCCUACGAGUCCUUCACCGCGGCCUUAGUAUCCCAGGAGGGGGACCAGCUGAAGCCGGGCUUCACCAGCGGCAUGCGGCGGGACCUUAGUGUGUACCUGCCCGCCAUGGAGGACCAGCUGGGCAUCCUGGACGACCUGUACGACGAGUACAGCCUGGAGUCUGACGAGGUGGUAUGAGACUCUCGGGGCCUUCCUGCUGCACAGAGACGGUGUUGACGUUGAUUUGCUUGCAGCGAGGCAUUGUGGAUUGAGAGACAAGGAAGAUGUAGUUUAAAUAUCUUGUCAGGCCUGAGAGCCGGUUUAGUUAGCUAUAACCUAAAAAGCGGGUGUGGUUCAACAAAUUAUGCUAAUGCUAACGUAUUCGUUUUAGUGUAUUAAUUCAAGAAACCCAGAGAAUCCAUCUUUUCAUUUUCUGGCUAAAGAGGAUGGUGGUUAAUUUAUUCCCAAGACAUUCCUGUUUGCUCGGGUUUAUAAAACGGGUUGAUGGAUAGGCCUGCCGCUGAUACAAUGCACCAUAUUGACCAAGCUAAUGUCAGGUUGUUAGUUUUUCUUUCCCCAGUAUAUGCCUUGAAUUUGUUAUUGGUUCUAAUAAGGGACAACUAUUUUCUGAUGUGUGUUGCACUGAAGUUGUCCUAUGUAACAUUUGUUACUGAAUGGUGUUCAUCUGGCUAUAAUUGUAAUUAUAAGGCAAUAGGUUUGCAUUGGUUUCCUUAGUGUAACAGGUUAACAAUGUAUUGUCUGUGUUCUGUAUAAAGACUCCAUGGGACCAAUAAGUGACGGACAUGAGAAUGCUGUUAGCGUUUGCUUUCCAUCACAUCAAAGAAGAAUGCAAUGGAGCUGUUCAAGUGUUGGCAAUUGAUCAACUCAAAAUCAGCAUUUUUGCACAAACCUAUGCACAGUUUGCAUUGUUAUUCUGACUCUGACUUUAUAUAUUAGCUCUAAAUGGUUCACAUUUUGAUAAUCUCAAUCUUUGUAGGUGAAAUAUAUUGGUAUUUGCAUCCAGCAAGAAUGGAUUUAGAUUGCAUGUUUAAAUGUAACAAUGGUGCCAUAAGUAAAAAUGAAUACACUCUUACACAAAGCUCUGAAUUUAUUAAAUGUAUCGCAUUUAUAUUGAACCAUUUUCCAACGGAAUGAUUGGCACCAUGUCCCAAAAUAGAAGUUACUUCCGGUUUAUUAAUUAUGGACCCAGAUGUACACUUGCCAUAUAUACUCUAACUUUGUGAAGCAGGAUCCUCCUUGACGUGACUUUUGUAAAUGUUCCUGUAACGUGCCAGUAUUUAAAAGUCUAUCUGGUCAAUA